UUGGGGUCCAAAGUUCAGUAACUUGCAAAGCACAGGGAUAAAUAUGAACCUUGGAGGAUUUGCUUUGCUCUGAUGUAAACAGACAGACAAGGGUCCCUUAUCUGUUAUGUCUCAGGGAAGCCUGUUCAGGGGGUGACCGCGAGCGAGUUGUGACCGUAUAGCAAGUGUUUUUUUGGGGGGGAGGAGGAGACAGAAGGUAGGUAGAGCAUGGGCCCCCGCCUGCUGAUCCCUGUUGCUGCCGCAGGAUGGUGAGGUGGUAGAAGGUAACAGGAUGGCGUCUCGUCUCAGCUACUUGCAGCAGGAGCUUCUAAGUGCUCUGCUGGAAUCUGGGGUCACUAAAGAAGCCCUGACCAAGGCUCUCACUGAUAGGGAAAAUUUUUCUUACCCCAGGGACUCUUUGGAUGAAAUGAGCAGCCUGGAAGAUGCAGAGCACUGUGUACAACUACCUAAUGGGUUAGGAGAACCCCAUAUAUCAGAAGAUGAGAGUUCUGAUGAUGGGGGGGACUUCACACCACCAAUAAUUAAGGAGUUAGAAAGACUGAGCCCCGAGGAAGCUGCUCAUCAGAAGGCCGUGGUGGAGAGACUGCUUCAGGAGGACCCAUGGCACGUGGCCAAGCUGGUAAAAUCAUACCUUCAGCAACACAACAUUCCACAAAGAGAAGUGGUGGACACCACAGGGCUCAACCAGUCACACCUUUCCCAGCACCUCAACAAGGGUACACCCAUGAAGACACAAAAGCGGGCAGCUCUGUACACUUGGUAUGUGGGCAAGCAGCGAGAGAUUGCCAAACAAUUCACACAUGCCGGGCAGGGAAUGCUCUCCGAUGACGUAUCCUGUGAUGAGGCACCGAGCAAAAAAAUGCGAAGGAACCGUUUCAAGUGGGGUCCAGCCUCUCAGCACAUCCUGUUUCAAGCAUAUGAAAGACAGAAAAAUCCAAGUAAGGAGGAGCGUGAAGCACUGGUAGAGGAAUGUAACAGGGCAGAAUGCCUGCAAAGAGGUGUCUCCCCAUCUCAAGCACAAGGAUUGGGCUCCAAUCUGGUGACAGAAGUACGUGUAUAUAAUUGGUUUGCAAACAGGCGCAAAGAGGAGGCAUUUAGACACAAACUAGCAAUGGACACUUAUAAUGGGCAACAGAAUACACCACCUUCUCUCUCGAACCAUGACCUUCCACCUUCCAAGGGACAUGGACUCCGAUACACUCAUGAAUCUUCCAACGAAAGAGGAGGCGCAUUGUUAAACAAUCAGAGUGGAAUGUCUCCCUCUGGCCUGGAGCAUAGCCACAGUUUGAUGAACAAUGAAAGCAAGCUAAUCCCAUCAACAGGUGGCUCUCUUCCUCCAGUGAGCACACUAACUGCUUUGCACAGCCUAGACCAUGGACAGCACACAAUUGGCCAGACCCAAAACUUAAUUAUGGCCUCACUCCCCAGUGUAAUGACGAUUGGAACGGAAACAGCACUUGGCCCAGCAUUCAACAAUACAGGCUCCUCAACACUGGUGAUUGGUCUCACAUCACAACCUCAGAGUGUCCCAGUCAUUAACAGCGUGGGAAGCAGCUUGACAACUCUACAACCUGUCCAGUUCUCCCAGCAGCUGCACCCAUCACACCAGCAGCCAAUCGUGCAGCAAGUCCAGGGUCAUAUGGCACAGAACUCGUUUAUGGCAACAAUGGCUCAACUGCAGUCUCCACACGGUUUAAAGGCUUUCAACUUUAAGGGUCUGGAGGAAGUGAAAAUUCAGAGCUAUCAAGACCUAUAUGAACAAGCACUCUAUGGCCACAAACCUGAUGUUGCCCAAUAUGCUUCAGCUGGCUUCUUCCCACAGACUAUGGUAAUUACAGAUACCUCAAAUUUGGGAACACUUACUAGCUUGACACCCACCAAACAGAUUUUUCCUCUACAAUCUACUGCUCAGGGAGACUCUCAGGGAUCACAACUACAGAGUCAGGACUCCAGCAUCUUGCAACUUUCUUCCAGCCACAGACUGACCUCCAGUCCAGCCGUGUCCUCGGCAAGCAUGGCACACUACCAGAAUUCCAGUACCCCAGAGAGUCACAGUCACCUCCUGUCUCCCUCACACAGCUCCAUCGACAGUUUUAUUUCCACACAAAUGGCAUCAUCCUCACAAUGA